AUGGGGAAUUGCUGCAGAUCUCCGGCGGCCGUAGCCAGGGAGGACGUGAAAUCGAGCUUCUCCGGCAAUGAUCACGCCAAGAAGGACGCGGUCUCGGGCAAAAGUAAACCGCCGAUUACUGUGCUGACCGAUGUCGCUAAGGAGAAUAUCGAGGAGAGAUACCUGGUCGAUCGGGAGCUCGGCCGCGGCGAGUUCGGGGUUACCUACCUGUGUAUCGACAGGGAGAGCCGGGACUUGCUGGCCUGCAAGAGCAUUUCGAAGCGGAAGCUAAGGACGGCGGUGGAUGUCGAGGAUGUGCGGAGGGAAGUGGCGAUUAUGAAGCACUUGCCCCGGAAUUCGAGUAUCGUGAGCUUGAAAGAGGCUUGCGAGGACGAUAAUGCCGUGCAUUUGGUGAUGGAGCUGUGCGAAGGCGGGGAGCUCUUUGAUCGGAUUGUGGCCAGGGGUCAUUAUACGGAACGGGCCGCUGCUGCUGUCACUAGGACUAUUGUGGAGGUUGUGCAGCUCUGCCACAAGCAUGGUGUGAUUCACAGGGACUUGAAACCCGAGAAUUUCUUGUUCGCGAAUAAGAAAGAGAAUUCGCCUCUCAAGGCCAUUGAUUUUGGUCUGUCUAUUUUCUUCAAGCCAGGUGAGAGAUUCUCUGAAAUUGUUGGAAGUCCAUAUUACAUGGCCCCAGAGGUGCUUAAGCGGAACUAUGGGCCUGAAAUUGACAUAUGGAGCGCAGGGGUUAUCCUCUACAUAUUGUUGUGUGGAGUUCCUCCAUUUUGGGCUGAGUCUGAGCAAGGAGUUGCACAAGCCAUCCUCCGCGGGAUCAUAGAUUUCAAAAGGGAUCCUUGGCCAAAUAUUUCAGAAAGUGCUAAGAGUCUGGUUAAGGCAAUGCUAGAGCCAGACCCAAAACUUCGGUUGACUGCAAAGCAAGUUCUUGAGCAUUCAUGGCUGCAAAAUGCUAAAAAAGCUCCGAAUGUUCCACUUGGAGAUGUCGUCAAAUCAAGGCUUAAACAGUUUUCUAUGAUGAACAGGUUCAAGAGAAAAGCCUUACGGGUGAUUGCGGACUUCUUAUCUGUUGAAGAGGUUGAGGACAUUAAAGAAAUGUUCAAGAAGAUGGACACUGAUAAUGAUGGUGUUGUCUCAAUUGAAGAACUAAAAGUUGGUCUUCGUAACCAAUCCCAGCUUGCAGAACCCGAAGUUCAAUUGCUGAUAGAGGCAGUAGAUACAAAUGGGAAAGGCACGCUAGACUACAGCGAGUUUCUAGCAGUUUCCCUCCACCUACAAAGAAUGGCACACGACGAGCAUCUGCGGAAGGCCUUCUCCUACUUUGACAAGGACGGGAAUGGUUAUAUCGAACCAGAGGAGCUCCGGGAUGCUCUAAUGGAAGAUGGAGCAGAUGAUUGUACAGACGUAGCAAAUGACAUCUUCCAAGAAGUGGAUACUGACAAGGACGGGAAAAUCAGCUACGAUGAAUUUGCAGCGAUGAUGAAGACGGGGACAGACUGGAGGAAAGCUUCUCGACAUUACUCGAGAGGGAGAUUCAACAGCUUAAGCAUCAAGCUGAUGAAGGAUGGUUCACUGAACCUGGGGAAUGAGUGA